GAAAAUAAGCACGCGGAGAAGGUCCAGGAUCCUGACAGAGCGGAGGACAAGACCAAGGCAGAGAUGGGGAACAAAACCUGGGCAGACCUGGCUGGGGAGAUGAAGAUGUUCCUGUGGAACCCAGAGGAGAGAACGUGCCUGGGGAGAACGGCCAAGAGCUGGGGCUUGAUCUUACUGUUUUACUUCAUCUUCUACACGUGCCUGGCGGGAAUGUUUGCCUUUUGCAUGUACGUGAUGCUGCUCACGCUGAGCCCCUACACGCCCACGUACCGGGACCGCGUGUCUCCGCCAGGAGUAAUGAUCAGACCAUACUUGAAUGGGUUCACUAUUGCCUUCAAUGUCUCUCAGCCCAGCACGUGGCAACCCUACGUGGACAGCAUGCGCCACUUUCUAGCAGCUUAUGAUGACAAAGUUCAAGAGGAGAAGAACAUCGAGUGUGUCUCAGGACAGUACUUCAUCCAAGGGGGCAAUGAAAGCGAGGAGAAGAAGGCCUGCCAGUUCAAGCGCUCACUGCUGCAGAACUGCUCUGGCAUUGAGGACCCAACGUUUGGCUACUCUAAAGGCCAGCCCUGCAUCCUGCUGACCGGGUACAGGAUCAUAGGCUACCGCCCUGGUGCUGGGGUCCCCGUCAGCGUGGAUUGCAAAGUGCAGAAAGGCAAUGAGAGCAAUCUCAGAUCGGUGGACUUCUACCCUGGAAACGGGACAUUUGAUCUCAUGUAUUAUCCCUACUACGGCAAGAUCACUCACGUCAACUAUACAUCCCCACUGGUGGCUAUGCACUUCACAGAUGUGAAGAAGAAUGAUUUGGUCCCUAUUCAGUGCAGUCUGAAUGGGAAAGGUAUUAUCAAUGACGUUAACAGCGACCGCUUCCUGGGCCGAAUCAUCUUCACGCUCAGCAUUGGAAAGUAG